GAGGUUCAGGCAGAACAACAUACAGUGCGCACCACCGGAAUCACCAUAAGGAUUUCCGAGCUGAUGGAACACGAGCCGGAGAAGAGAAUUUGGGACUUGUCCAUGGACCCACACCCACACACUAACUUCUGAGCUUGAUGCAAACGGACCUCUAGGACGAUGAGUGCGCUGGUGUUCAGCAAACUGGACGAGCGUCUGAGUUUCGAGGAGAGCGGAAAAGCCGUAGAAAGGAAGAGCCUGAGUUAUCUAGAAGUGCUCAACGGACAGCAUGCGGAUUCUCUGACCAAGAGGAUGGACGGAGCUCUGCAGCACCGGAGACAGAGUGGAGGGAAGGUGCGGCACAAGCGUCAGGCUCUUCAGGACAUGGCCAGGCCUCUGAAACAGUGGCUGUACAAACACAGGGACAACCCGUAUCCAACCAAAACCGAGAAGAUCCUGCUCGCCCUCGGCUCCCACAUGACCCUGGUUCAGGUAUCAAACUGGUUCGCUAACGCACGCCGCAGACUGAAGAACACUGUGCGACAACCCGACCUGAGCUGGGCGCUACGCAUCAAACUCUACAACAAAUACGUUCAGGGCAACGCGGAGAGGCUCAGCAUCAGCAGCGACGACUCUGAUUCUGACGACGGUGAGAACGCUCUCCAGAUGCAGCCCAGCGAAUCCGAGUCCAGUCAGCCCACGCACAAGAGCGUGAUCCAGGAGAGCCGAGGCCUCGAUUACGUCUCCCCGCCGAAGUACAAGAACAGUCUGCUGAACCGCUACCUCAACGACUCCCUGCGGCACGUCAUGGCCUCCAACACCGACUCGCGCAAGAGGAACCACUCGGGAUCCUUCAGCUCCAACGAGUACGACGACGAGCUCCUGUCGCCCUCGUCGUCUGAAACCGAGGCCAACUUCAGCUUCCGCACAGAAUCCAUGGACUGUGGCUCUCAGUUCCACGACAGGUGCAAUCCCAAAGGAGGCGCACGAGUUAAAAGCGGGCCGUACUGGAGCGAGCUGCACGCCGCCAUGGCGCUGACUAACCUGGCUCAGAGCGAGGAGGCCACCGCGCAUGCUGGCACCACCAGCCGCAUCAUCCAGAAAUCCUCACACAUAGCGGAGAUAAAAACUGUCAAAGUGCCCAUCGCUCCUCCUCAGUAGUGCUCCGGAGGCCUGGGGCCGGACGCAGGCGGUCAGCAUGAGACUUCUUCAAGACUUGAACGUGGAUGUUAGUUUUGGAAACUAAAGAUUUUUACAAAGACGUGAUUUGGAUAUUUCACCGAAGUGCCUGAUUAUGACUAAUGACAUCCAGACUGUUCACCAAACACCAACAGGAAGAGACGUGUCACGGAUGGAAGUUUGGUUUGGACAGUAAACGUCAACGAAUCGCUGGCUUAAAAUCAUGUAACGACAUCCACACGUUUUGUAUUUUUCUUCAAUAUCAUUUUCCUUCUGACAGGUUUCACAAUCCUCAGUGGAAAUGUAAUAUAUUCAUAUCCAUCUUUACCCUCAUGUUUUCUAACUUAAGUGUAAUGUUUACCGAGGCAGGAUUAUUGUCCAACGAUUGUUGCUCCGCAGUUGUUUCUCCUUAUUUUUUAUGCUAUAGGUUACAGCCAUAACUAACGUGGCCUUGUGUAUCUGAUGACGGACGAGUCCUCGGGGGGAAACGACAGGCCGGGUCGGACCGGCUCGCCCCGUCACAGACUGCGAUCGCUGAUAAUGAAAACCUUUUCUUGAACCCUGACUGACCCGUCUGUGAGUCUGUGAGUGAUCAGCACUCUGCCCAUCACCCAGCGUGACUCAGAGAGUCGUCACUCACAGAUCGAGUCCUGACCAGAUUUACCAGUUUCAAAACAUUGUCUCAGAAACAUUUCCCUCUUUCCAGCAUUUUCCACUUUCAAUAAAACCAGAUGACUCGAUUCUUUCAGUCUUUUAUGUCAAAACCUUCUAAACGUCCGACGAGAACAACUGCUAGAAUUUCAUUCGUUACGUGACGCGAAGACAAAUGCAAGAAAACACAGGUAUUAAAAUCAGAAGAAUCAGAACUUCUGAAGAAGUUGUUUCUGUUUCUUGAUUUUCAGCGAUGAUUUGAGAUUUGAUUGACAGGUUCGCCGAUGAGGUCAGAACUCGUUAAGACGAAUCGUAGCCGUAACUAACAAUAACUCCGCUUUGAUUAUUUUCCUUUAAAAACACAACCUCCGAAUGUUUUAUUCCUCUCAUAACAAAGAAGGUUCUUAUCUCACAGACGCUGAAACGUUUACAGCUGCUCGUAUCUAAAACCUCCUCAGAUGUUAGUUAGAGGAUUUGUCCGUAAUGGAUCCGCGAUGUGCGUUUCAGUUAUGCGUCUUGAUAAUAUUAAAUAUUACGAGUCUAAGAAACUUCCCAUCAAACGCUCUUUUUGACAGGAGAUAUGUUUGGGAUCGUAUCGU